AUGAUCUUUAGAAAGGAAACCCAAAUUAAAAAGAAUAGUCUCAUCAAUGCUUCUAAUUAGCACUAGUCCCCUGAAAAUCUUUCACUUAAAAACAUAACUAUUGCCUGGAUGAUAUCUGAUUUUAUAGUCUCAGAUUAAUAUGAAAACAAAUCUCAUGGAGAGAUGAAACUUAAGUAAUGGUUUGUAAAAACAAAAAUUAACGCAACAACUGGUGUAUCUUACAAGGAAUUCAGUGAAUACUUUAUUCCGUAUUCCAAAUGUGAACUGAACAAAAACUUUUUCUAUAACAAUCACGUUGAUAUCGAGUUGUAUGGUUUGGAGAAAUUCAACUGCCCUGACUAUAAUAAUUUGACAAUUUAAGGAAGCUGGUUCUCACCUGAAUACACAGCCAUUUAACUUAUAUUUUAAAGAUGUGAAGGGGGUUUUGAGAACAACUGCUCAUCUGAUGAAGAUUUCAAAAUGUGGCUUUCUAAGAUUUUCAUUGAAUAGCUUAUAAUCAACACUUACUUUGAUCCUGAUGACUAUGAAAAUCCGAUCCACUAUUUCUUAGAGGAGACCUAUAUAUCCUUUUAAUACGGAAGAAGUGUUCUGACAAAUUUGUUCUUUAAGAAGAAUGAGAUCAGGUUGUUUGAUGAUUAUUUCGGGAUGUUCCCAAAUACUAAAGUUGAUUAUCACUAUUAAAAGUCAAAGAUGGAAUAUCAAACAGCAGAUGUGAAUGAAGGUCCAGGCUAGGGUAUCCUAUAUCUAUAGGAGAUAAAGAUUGACUAAGAAUAUGAUAUCUAUGAAAGACAUGUAUACUCCUUUUAAAAUCUGCUCUAAGAUAUUGGUGGAUUCUUUAAUUCUUUGUAUUUUUGUGGACUGAUUUUUUAUUCUUAGAUUAGAAACUCUAUAUUUUACACUGAGCUUAUAUCUAGAUUGUAUCAGGUCGAACCAAUAUUUGUGAAUUUGAAGACUAAAACUUUUACAAAUUUUUCUAGCAGAAGAUUGCAGCAUAGAGACAUUACUUAAUCAGAAGCAUCAAGUUAUUUUGUAAAAGAACUUAGGAGAUUUGGGAAUAAAUUAAACAUGACUUUGAUUAGAGGAUUGCUCACAAAUUUAAGGAAUAGAUGGAGAUUAAAGUAUAAAUGCUGCGAUAUCUUCCAAGUCUCAUUCAAAGGUCUUUAAAAUUGUCUAGUUUGCAAAGAAUUUUAGAGUAAUAGAUCGAAGCUAUUGAAUGAAUUAAAGUCUUAAGUUUUUGAAAAAGGUUAAGCUCGAGUGAUAGAAGAACUUGACUGUAUCAAUCUGCUAUCUAGGAUGAGAUAAUUUGAUUUGCUUUUGUCUUUGCUAUUAGAUGAUAGAUAAAAAUACAUGAUUAAUUUUUAGAAAAAUAAUGUAAUUUAAAAGCUUGAUCUGCUUGAUUAAAAAGUUAUUUUAGGAUUGAUUACUAAAAAUCCCAAUAAAAUUAUUGAUAGACAGGCAUCAUUCAAGGGACUUAUUAACGCUAAGACUAAGAAAACAAAGGAAUUGCCCUAAGUUUCUAGUGAAGACUCUAGAAAGCACAUUUCAAAUUGGUAGUUCUCUGAUUUAUCUAACUAUUAGAAGAAUUAAAUGCUAAAUAAAUUAGAUCCGGAGUUGGCUGAUAAUGAAUUAGCCCAUAAGUUGCAUAAGUCAUGUGAAAGCAAUAAAAAUCUCAUUUAAAAGUUAAAACUUGAUAGCAUUUGUGAUGAAAACAAAAUAGAUGUGAUGGACUAAUCAUAUCCUAAUCUAUUAAACACAUGA